AUGCAGGCGGUCCGACCGGAAACGGUCCGAGGGAUCCGACUCGGCAAGAUCUUGCAUCAUGCGCCCUGGCUAUGGUGGCAUGGGCGUCUGAAAGACAUGUACAGGCACAGCGAAGUGGUGAGCGAAAUUGAUAUGUUUGUGUCGCACAGCUGGCAAACACCUGCAUGGAAGAAGUACCUCAACUUACUCAUCCUGCGAAAUGGGCUGCCGGCAAUGGUCUUGGGAACGCUGGGUGCCAGUGUAGCUAAUGUUCUAUCUCAGCAUUCGAUCUUGCCACCUUUGGAAGUUUUGGGUGGUGGCUGGUGUCUGCUGUCUGGCUGCCUCAUAUAUUACUUGACCUUGCUCAGGUGGAGGCCCAGCACCAUACUUUUCUGGGACUGCGCCUGCAUAAGUCAACACGACCAUAUAUUGAAAGCAGAGGGUCUUGCCAGUCUGGGUGCUAUACUGAAGCAGUCCAAGUCGCUGCUGGUGCUUUGGGAUCAGACGUUCGUGUCCAGGCUUUGGUGCAUGUUCGAAAUGGCAGCUUACUUGCACAGCCGAACGGGCAGUUCGGCAAGUGUGACUGCACGCUCACCACUAGCCGGAGUUAUCGUGCUCUCUGUGCAUGCCAGCUUGUGCAUGAUCGCUUUCCUGUACUUCUUGCCUGCAGAUUCCUUCUUCGAGCCGUCCCAGACCAUGGUAGUCAUUGCUUGCUUAGCAUUGCCGGGCAUCCUUUUCUUUAGCUUCGUCGCAAGCACUGUCCGCGCAUACUGGCGAGACAUCGACAUGAUGGAGCAGCACAUGCUGAGUUUUGCAUUGGCCAACAGCAAAUGUGCGUGCUGUUCUCCAGAGCAGACGGAUGUCUGCAACAAGCGGGUCUGCGACCGCAGGAUCAUGAAAACCUGCAUACAGAAUUGGUUUGGGUAUGUGUCGAGUUUCGAGAGCCGGAUUCGAUCGGAAGAGCGGAUAGCUCUUGCAGAUAAGUUGCGGAACCAUCUUAUCGUAUACUUCGAGAUGGCGUUGGCAGGAUCGCCGUUAAUUUGGUCCGGGCUUGAGUUAAUGUUGCGGGUUCCACCAGACUUGCAGAUACCUAUGCUCAUCAAGAAGGCCAUCGAGUGUCUGGCAAUAUUACCUAUCAUCUUCAAGUUGUUGACUCUUGUGACCUACCGGUUGCGAUUUCGGUGGUGCAGCAGACCCUUGGAUUUCUGCCUGUCUGUUGGCAUUGCAGCGAUGGGCAUGUCAAUGUGGGCCAUGUACUUGGUGAUUGACUUCUACGUCAUCUACCACUUCAUUGUCAAUCCGUUUGCUGCAUCAUUGAUGUCAGCUUCAAUGUGGUUACUGCUUUUACUCGCAGUGUGGACAUGGAUUCCCGAGUAG